AGGUGCGCGCUUCGCUCCCGGAGCCGCGGUACUCUGCGGCCGCCAUGGCGUCCAACAUGGACCGGGAGAUGAUCCUGGCGGAUUUUCAGGCAUGUACUGGCAUUGAAAACAUUGAUGAAGCUAUUACAUUGCUUGAACAAAAUAAUUGGGACUUAGUGGCAGCUAUCAAUGGUGUAAUACCCCAGGAAAAUGGCAUUCUACAAAGUGAUUAUGGAGGUGAGACCAUACCAGGCCCUGCAUUUGAUCCAGCAAGUCACCCAGCUCCAGCUACUACUCCCUCCUCUUCUUCAGCGUUUCGACCUGUGAUGCCAUCUAGGCAGAUUGUAGAAAGGCAACCUCGUAUGCUGGAUUUCAGAGUUGAGUACAGAGACAGAAAUGUUGAUGUGGUACUUGAAGACAGCUGUACUGUUGGAGAAAUUAAACAGAUUCUAGAAAAUGAACUUCAGAUUCCUGUGUCUAAAAUGCUGUUAAAAGGCUGGAAAACUGGAGAUGUGGAGGACAGUACGGUCUUAAAAUCCCUACACUUGCCAAAAAACAACAGCCUUUAUGUCCUUACACCAGAUUUGCCACCACCUUCAUCAUCUAGUCAUGCUGGUGCCCUGCAGGAGUCAUUAAAUCAAAACUUCAUGCUGAUCAUCACCCACCGAGAAGUCCAGCGGGAGUACAACCUGAACUUCUCAGGAAGCAGUACCAUUCAGGAGGUAAAGAGAAAUGUGUAUGACCUUACAAGUAUACCCGUUCGACAUCAGUUAUGGGAGGGCUGGCCACCCUCUGCUACAGAUGACUCAAUGUGUCUUGCUGAAUCAGGGAUCUCUUAUCCCUGCCACCGACUUACUGUGGGAAGAAGAUCUUCACCUGCACAGACUCGGGAGCAGUCAGAAGAACAAAGCACCGAUGUUCAUAUGGUUAGUGAUAGCGAUGGAGAUGACUUUGAAGAUGCUACAGAAUUUGGGGUUGAUGAUGGAGAAGUAUUCGGCAUGGCGUCAUCUGCUCUGAGAAAAUCUCCAAUGAUGCCAGAAAACGCAGAAAAUGAAGGAGAUGCCUUAUUACAAUUUACAGCAGAGUUUUCUUCAAGAUAUGGUGACUGCCAUCCUGUAUUUUUUAUUGGCUCAUUAGAAGCUGCUUUUCAAGAGGCCUUCUAUGUGAAAGCCCGAGAUAGAAAGCUUCUUGCUAUCUACCUCCACCAUGAUGAAAGUGUACUAACCAACGUGUUCUGCUCACAAAUGCUUUGUGCUGAAUCCAUUGUUUCUUAUCUGAGUCAAAAUUUUAUAACCUGGGCUUGGGAUCUGACAAAGGACGCCAACAGAGCAAGGUUUCUGACAAUGUGUAACAGACACUUUGGCAGUGUUGUUGCACAAACCAUUCGGACUCAAAAAACAGAUCAAUUUCCACUUUUCCUGAUUAUUAUGGGAAAGCGAUCAUCUAAUGAAGUAUUAAACGUGAUACAAGGUAACACAACAGUGGAUGAGUUAAUGAUGAGACUCAUGGCUGCAAUGGAGAUCUUCUCAGCACAACAACAGGAAGAUAUAAAGGAUGAGGAUGAACGUGAAGCCAGAGAAAAUGUGAAGAGAGAGCAAGAUGAGGCCUAUCGCCUUUCACUUGAGGCUGACAGAGCAAAGAGGGAAGCUCAUGAGAGAGAGAUGGCAGAACAGUUUCGUUUGGAGCAGAUUCGCAAAGAGCAAGAAGAGGAACGUGAGGCCAUCAGACUCUCCUUAGAGCAAGCCCUGCCUCCAGAACCAAAGGAAGAAAAUGCUGAGCCUGUGAGCAAACUGCGGAUCCGUACCCCCAGUGGCGAGUUCCUAGAGCGGCGUUUCCUGGCCAGCAAUAAGCUCCAGAUUGUCUUUGAUUUCGUUGCUUCUAAAGGAUUUCCAUGGGAUGAAUUCAAGUUACUGAGCACCUUUCCUAGGAGAGAUGUAACUCAGCUGGACCCCAAUAAAUCACUAUUGGAGGUAAAAUUGUUCCCUCAAGAAACCCUUUUCCUUGAAGCAAAAGAGUAAACACAGCUCAGCGGUGGAACCAGCCUUUCCUUGACAAGCCAGAGGCCUGUGUCAAGAGAUGGGCUCCUCACCAACCCACCCACACGCUCGUCUCACUCAAUUCAAUGUCACACUUCUGCCUCUUGCAAGAUUGCUGGAAAAAAAAAAGUAAUAAUAAACAUAGCUACUUAAAAUUUCCCA